AUGGGCCACCAGCUCCACGACUGCGAAGGGGUGCUAGACUACCCGCGGUUUUCGGUGGGCUUCGUGGUUGGCACCACUCGGUACCUCGUGCUGAGCGGCACGCUGUGCUCGAGGCGCUUAGAGUGGGACCAGAGUUUUGAGUGCUCUGGCCCAGACGAGAUCCAGGAUCUCCUUGGGAACAUGUGGGCCGAUUUCUUUGCUCGGAUCGGUGCUGAUAGUCACGCACACGCCGAUGUCUACCGCGAUGCGCAGAAGACGCAUCUGGCCGAUAUCAAGCGCGACUUCGACUUCAUGAGUCGUUUCGCCCAGGUAGCAACAUUGGUGGCGCCGCAGCCGUUUGGGCUCCGGGUGUGCGGUCUGGUCGCGGCCGGCUCAUUCAUCCCCCCAGGCCGAGUGACUUGGGCCGACGGGCCGCUAGGUGCCGUUGAGUUCUUGGUGCCCGAUACGACGGUGAAUGUCAUGACCUCUACCGUCGGGGACAUCCUCAUGUCUCUCCAGGACAACGGCUUUCAGUGCCUCUUGGCCGGCGCACGUGCCAACGUUGGAGUCAGGUCGGGGCGGUACAUGUUCGAGAUCAAGAUCGUGGAGUCUCCAUCUUCAAAGCAUAUCAAGAGUUAUAUGAAGAUUGGUUUUUCUAUUGCUGGUUCGUCGUUGCUGCUGGAUUCGGAUACCAGUGUUUCUUUUGAUUCCACUGGUCUGUUCAGCGGCAGUGCAACGCGUGCCAAGGUCAGCGAGAGAUUGUUUGCAGGCGACGUGGUGGCGUGCCUCAUUAACCUCGAAAAGGGUAGCCCAAACUGCAAUACAAUCAGCCUCUUCAAGAACGGGGUGCGUGUUGCGCAGCCACAGGCUCUCCCUGAGAGCUUGCAGGGUAAGCCCAUGUUCCCCACUGUCGCCUUCAAGUGCAUGACGCUGCACACGAACUUCGGUCCAGAGCCUAUAUGCUCGCUCCCCUUCAAGUGCCACAUGGUUGGGUCGGCCUUGAAGACCGACGCUGAGGUCACGACGUACGAGGCCACAGAUGAGGGCGAGGUGCUUUUCCCGGUGAGCCUACCAGACCAGGGCAGCUUCGAUUGGCUGGACAUGUACCUCGAGAAGAACCCAGGGUACACCGAGAUCAGCGACCGGGCCAUCCGGGACUGGGCCGAGAAGAGUUGGGGGCCGCAUCCGCCCAGCGACAGGCCGGCAAGGACCUCCAACGACAGGCCCGAGAUGGGCUUCGGAGUCUGGGCGAUCGACGACGGCACUGUCAAGGGCGCACUGAGGAGCCUCUGCGCGCUCCAGAAGCGAAAGUAUGUCGUGAUGGAGGUAAAGGGUAACCUGUUCAAGGAGGACAGGGCGGAGGCACUCAAGCCCUUCAAGGCAUCGAACUUCAAGACGUCGGCGGCGGUCUUGGUGGGAACCCCGACGCCAGAGUUCAAGAAGAGGUCGCAGAUGCUAUUCCUCAAGCAAAAGCAGGACGCCGCGAACAAGGAGCACCAGGAGAAGUUCGAGGCCACGAAGAAGAAGUGGCUGUUCGAUAAGAGACAAAAGGAGUUGGAGAAGGCCCGCCAGAAGGCGGCGAAGGACAAGGAGAAGGCGGCCAAGGCCAGGGCCAAGGCCAUCGAGGAGGCGAAGAAGAAGGCCGAGGCGGCCAAGGAGGGAAAGGAGGUCGUGGAGGAAGAGAAGAAAGAGGAGGAACCUGAAGAAGAGGAGCCUGAGGAGGCUGAGCCUGAGGAGCCGGAGCCAGUGGAGGACGACCCUCCUAAGAUGACCCUCACUGCCGAGGAGAAGCAACUUUCCUUCAAGCCCGCAGUUAUCCCAGACCUUACUGAGUACGUGAUGAACACGACGUUCACAAAGUUCUCGCUUCCAGAGAAAGAGGAGGGUUUCGACGAGAUCCGGUAUGAGUUCUUGAAGGAUGGCGCCAAGUGCAAGAAGUUCGUUCAGGAUUGGAUCUCAAGUCGCAAGCUGACCACUCGGGUGGAGGAGAUUAAACCCUCCGCUUGGUUCCACACGAACAAGAAAAGUUGGGAGAAGGCUGUCCAUGAGUGGCAGGCCGCCCUCGCCAAGUACUCGUCAAACCUCGCGAAAAAGCGCUCCGACAAGGCGGCGAAGGAGGCCAGGAAGAAACAGGCUGCGGCAAAGGCUGCCGCGGCGAAGGCCAAGGCCGAAGAGGACAAGAAGAAUGGCGAGGUCAAAGAGGAUGACAAGAAGCAGGAGGUGGUGGAGGAGAUCGAGGAAGAGGAGGACGACGACGACGAGCCGGAGCCACAGGUAGAUUUCGAAGGCAUCGACGUAUUCGGAGUGGAAGAUGUCACGGACAUUGGCGGCGGCAUGCCGUUGUACAAGGAGUUCACCCAGGACGAUUGGACGUUGAUGUCAUUCGCUUUCGAGCUUCACUUAAUGGCCCACUCGUUCAAGAAGGACUGCGGUGACGAGGACCUCCCUGGCCUGCACGUGGACCACCUGGAUCAUUAUUACCAGAAGUAUUUCAAGAAGGGUUUCAGUCCGCAGUCGUUCGGCAAGGAGACGUCGAAGGACGCCGUCGAACUGGUCAAGGAUAUGGUCCUUGUCGACAGCAAGGGCACGCUCGUCAGCUGCCUGCAGGAGGAGAUGGAGACAUACCAGGCCUUCGUCAAGAUCACGGAGGAGGCCAGGAGAUACCGCAACUUGCGCAUCGACCUGGGCGAGGAAGACGCGGUGCUGAAACUCGCAGCGCAGCGCGGCGGCAACCAGCAAUACGGCCAGAAGAGGAAGCAAAGCUGGGGCCCGCCGCAGGGGCAGCCAGGCGCCAAGGGCGGCUGGGGGCAGCAAGGCUGGGGACAACAGGGCUGGGCGCCGGCUGGCAAAAAGGGCAAGAAGGGCAAGGGAUGGGGCAAGUGAGGCGGCGCGCGCGCGGCUCCGCGCAGCGCCCUUCCCUCGCUCCCCCAUCGUUCCCUAUCGCCCCCUCCUCGCCCCCCUCCCUCCUC